GAAGAGUCAACAUGGCGGCCAACGGCGUGAGAAGAGCUCUCCAGUCAUCGUCAUCGACGGGGAGAAUAUUCUUCCGUCGUUCUUCAGCUGCUCCGAAACUUGGAAAUUUCGCUUUUGAGAAUGGAUCAUCAUCAUCUCGCUCAUCACUUCGCAGACUAACAUCCUCCAGUGUUUUGUGUUGCAGGAUCCCUGUGGAACUGAGUGCAGGGAUGUCGCUUAUACCUUUACAUAGUGUUACUGCUUCAGCAUUGCUCACUUCGUUGCUAUCUCUAAGCAAUCAAAGCUGGGGUUGCUUAUCAGAAGGAUUUGCGACAACACUAUAACAUUGGCCGGCAAAGUUUUGUCUCCAGGUGGGAGUGGGACUAAUUACUUUUCAGAUUUCAAGUAGCUCGUUUUCAUUUUCGUUGGUGCUUAGCAAAAGAAACACGCAGCCUUAAGCUUUCUUGUGAAUGGCUCCUUUGCUAUGUUUAUUUAUACAAUUGUCAUUUUUCAGUCUGAUGAUUCCGUUACUACUUUACUAAUCGGUUAGUAACAGUGGUUAAUCUGUGUCUCUGUUCUCUACCGGAAGAAUUUGGUUCCUCAAAUUUGCUAAUUACACAUCAAAUAACCUAUCUUGGAGCUAAUAACCCCUCCAGUGACAAAAAAAAGGAGGUAAAUUAGCUAAUAACCC